CUUUCCUCCGAUCAAGAAUCAUCAUGACACACUACUGCCUUUUCUUAAGGAAGAGAAGUGGAUGCAGUUGUUGGAAAUUGUAAAUGAGGCGCGUCAGAUUGCGAUUGGGUUGUUGUGGAUAGCUCUCCUCAGCAUUCUCCCCUACUGCACCCAUACUGCAUUCACAGAUACGUGGCCAAUACAAAAAUAUAUAGAACAAUGAACUGUAUUAAUUCCAACAAAUUGUGCAUACAUGUGGAAUAUGUCGAGCUCGACGUCUGGAAGACGAUAACAGUGGGGCAUCCCCAAGCAGACUAGCGCGUGUAAUCUUGGCAGCCGCACUCUCGAUCGAAUUUCGCGACUCCAACACGACAACCGCUGCCAGCUCGCCGUCACUACCCCACAGAUCCCACGACUCUCACGGAGUGAUCUUUCAACAUGGCCAACGCACUGAAGGACUCGCCAAUCAAGGCUGUGCAGGUCGAAGCCCUGGUGGUGAUGAAAUUGGUGAACCAUGCCUCCAAGACCUUCCCUACUGUCGCUACCGGCUCCAUAGUCGGUAUGGAGUCUGCGAAGCAACCCGGCCUGCUCGAAGUCACAUCCUGCUUCCCAUUCCCCACCAUCGAUGCUCCCGCUACCGAUAGCCACCAAGAGCGAGACUCGGCUGCCAACAUUGCAGCUGCCGCGCCCCGCAACAAAGCCAACGUCGCCUACCAGAACGAAAUGAUCAAGUUUCUCAGGGAAGUCAAUGUUGACGCAAACAAUGUCGGCUGGUACACGAGCACAAGCAUGGGCAACUUCAUCAACCUGAACACUGUUGAGAACCAGUUCUUCUACCAGAAGGAGCCCAACGAGCGAGCUGUUGCACUUGUACAUGAUUUGAGCAGGAGCUCACAGGGAGCCUUGAACCUCCGCGCAUACAGGCUGUCCCCUGCUUUCAUGACAGCAUACAAGGAGAGCAAAUUCACAACCGAAAGCUUGCAAAAGAGCGGCCUCAGGUAUCAGGAUAUCCUCAUCGAAUUACCUGUCGCGAUACACAACUCCCACCUCCUUACCUCCCUUCUCCACCAGCUCCCUUCCGACGCACCUAGCGAGGAGCUGACCUUCCCUGCCAACCUUGCCGCCCUUCAACAAGACCCGAAUACCCCAGAGCCUCCAUUCUUCCCCAACUACGAUUCUCUAGAUCUCUCCAUUGAUCCGUUCCUCGAGAAGACCUGCGAUUUGCUUCUAGAGAGCAUCGAGAACCACCACACCGAGCUCAACAACCACUCUUACUACCAACGUUCCCUUGCGCGAGAGCAGGCUAAGAUUACUGCUUGGCAACAAAAGCGGAAGGCAGAGAAUGCUGCACGGACAGCAUCGAAGCAGCCACUGCUUCCUGAGGAUGAAUGGCAGAGGCUUUUCAAGCUGCCCCAAGAGCCUAGCCGUUUGGAGACCCUGCUCAACUCAAGGCAGGUUGAGCAGUACGCCAGGCAGGUGGACGGUUUCACCGCAGGAGUCAGCUCCAAAAUGUUUGCUGUGAAGAGCAACCUCCUACCUGGAGAGUAA